UCAUCUCGAUUCACCUCUGUGACCAUGAAGAUCGCUGUGAUUGGGCAGAGUCUGUUUGGCCAGGAAGUUUACAGCCACCUGAAGAAGGAGGGCUAUGAGGUGGUGGGUGUGUUCACCGUCCCAGACAAGGAUGGGAAAGCGGACCCCUUGGGACUGGAAGCUGAGAAGGACGGAGUGCCGGUGUUCAAAUUCCCCCGUUGGAGGGUUCGAGGACAGGCUCUACCAGAGGUGGUGGCCCAGUACCAGGCUGUGGGGGCCGAGCUCAAUGUCCUGCCCUUCUGCAGCCAGUUCAUCCCGAUGGAGGUCAUCAAUUACCCCCAGCAUGGCUCCAUCAUCUACCACCCAUCUCUGCUCCCCAGACACCGAGGGGCCUCGGCCAUCAACUGGACCCUUAUCCACGGAGACAAGAAAGGAGGCUUCAGCGUCUUCUGGGCAGACGAGGGUCUGGACACCGGGGACCUUCUGCUCCAGAAGGAGUGUGAGGUCCUCCAGGAUGAUACCGUGAACACUUUGUACAACCGCUUCCUCCUCCCUGAAGGCAUCAAGGGGAUGGUUCAAGCUGUGAGACUGAUUGCUGAGGGCAGAGCUCCCAGAAUCCCUCAGCCUGAAGAAGGGGCCACCUACGAGGGAAUCCAGAAGAAAGAAAUGGCCAAGAUCAAUUGGGACCAGCCAGCUGAAGCCAUUCAUAAUUGGAUCCGUGGGAACGACAAGGUGCCAGGCGCCUGGACUGAGGCCGGUGGACAGAAGCUGACAUUUUUCAACUCGACCCUCAGCACGUCAGGUCUGGUGCCCAAGGGUGAAGCGUUGCCCAUCCCAGGAGCCCACCGGCCAGGGGUGGUCACUGAAGUAGGACUCAUCCUCUUUGGAAAUGAUGACAAGAUGCUGCUGGUGAAGAACAUCCAGUUCGAGGAUGGCAAGAUGAUUCCGGCCUCACACUUCUUCCGGGGAGCUGCUGGGGAGACACUUGAGUUGACAGAGGAGGAGCUGCUCGUGGCAGAGGCCCUGAAGAGCGUGUGGCAGAGGAUCCUCCCGAGUGUCCUGCAGGUCGAGGACUCCACUGAUUUCUUCAAGUCAGGGGCUGCGUCCGUGGACGUGGUGAGAAUGGUGGAGGAAGUCAAGGAGCUGUGUGAGGGGCUGGAAUUAGAAAACGAAGAUGUUUACAUGGCAACCACCUUUGGAGACUUCAUGCAGUUGUUAGUGAGAAAGCUGCGAGGGGAAGAUGAACAAGAGGAACAAGUGAUUGACUAUGUGGAAAAGACAGUGAAUAAGCUGACCCUCCGAAUGCCACACCAGCUCUUCAUUGGGGGGCAGUUUGUGGAUGCUGAGGGUGCCAAGACUUACGACACUAUCAAUCCUACAGAUGGGACAGUCAUCUGCCAGGUGUCCCUGGCCCAGGUUUCUGAUGUGGACAAGGCAGUCGCUGCGGCUAAGGAUGCCUUUGAGAAUGGGUUGUGGGGGAAAAUCAACGCUCGCGAUCGGGGACGACUCCUGUACAGGGAAGCGCACGUGAUUAGUCCCAGUGAGCAGUUCAGGGAANNNCUGGCCGUCAUCGAGGCUCUGGAUGCAGGUGCGGUCUACACGCUGGCCCUGAAGACCCACGUGGGCAUGUCCAUCCAGACCUUCCACUACUUUGCCGGCUGGUGUGACAAGAUCCAGGGUUCUACCAUCCCCAUCAACCAGGCCCGGCCCAACCACAACCUGACUUUGACCAAGAAGGAGCCUAUUGGGGUCUGUGGCAUCGUCAUCCCCUGGAAUUACCCCCUGAUGAUGCUCUCCUGGAAGACUGCUGCUUGCCUGGCUGCUGGGAACACCGUGGUGAUCAAGCCGGCCCAGGUGACCCCACUAACAGCCCUGAAGUUUGCAGAGCUGUCUGUGAAGGCUGGCAUCCCCAAGGGUGUGAUCAACAUCCUCCCUGGAUCUGGCACGCUGGUGGGCCAGAGACUCUCAGACCAUCCCGAUGUGCGGAAAAUCGGGUUCACGGGCUCCACAGAGGUGGGAAAGCACAUUAUGAAAAGCUGUGCCCUGAGCAAUGUCAAGAAGGUCUCUUUGGAGCUGGGUGGAAAGUCACCCCUCAUCAUCUUUGCCGACUGCGACCUGAACAAGGCAGUGCAGAUGGGGAUGAGCUCAGUAUUCUUCAACAAAGGAGAGAACUGCAUUGCGGCUGGCCGGCUCUUCGUAGAGGACUCCGUUCAUGACCAGUUUGUACAAAGAGUGGUAGAAGAGGUGAAGAAGAUGAAAAUUGGGAACCCGUUGGACCGGGACACCAACCAUGGGCCUCAGAACCACCAAGCCCACCUCAAGAAGCUGAUUGAGUACUGCCAGCGUGGUGUCAAGGAGGGGGCCACCCUGGUCUGUGGUGGGAACCAAGUCCCUCGGCCAGGCUUCUUCUUUGAGCCCACUGUCCUGACCAAUGUGAAAGACCACAUGUUCAUCGCCAAGGAGGAGUCCUUUGGGCCCAUCAUGAUCAUCUCUCGAUUUGCUGAUGGCGACGUGGACGCUGUGCUGUCUCGGGCCAACGCCACCGAAUUUGGCUUGGCCUCUGGCGUUUUCACCAGGGACAUCAACAAAGCCCUGUAUGUGAGUGACCGACUCCAAGCCGGCACCGUGUUUGUCAACACAUACAACAAGACAGACGUGGCCGCGCCCUUUGGGGGUUUCAAGCAGUCUGGAUUUGGCAAGGACCUGGGAGAGGCAGCCCUCAACGAAUACCUGAGGAGCAAGACGAUCACCUUCGAGUACUGAAGAAAGGGCUCUGCCUGAGGGAGAAAUCAGCACCGACCCAACAGCUCUCCCACUCCCUCUCCUCCUCCUCCACAGCAGCCGGGGCCACUUCCUCAUGGCUACAUCGCCUUCUCGCCCCAGCCGUGUACAACCCCGGAUGUGCACGGGAACCUCUGGCCUCCAUGCCCUCCCCACUUCCUGACCCAGGACAUGCUCACAUCCGGCCAGAAGCCAGAAUCACUGGCUGGAUGCAGAGUAGCCCCCAUGCGUUAGUGCUCUGGUCAAGGGAGCCUGUCUGGGGCUUGUAGGAUCCAGGUCUACCAUGAAUGCUGCUUGGCCCUGGACAGCCGGGCUUCCCAGGGAAACACGGAGUCAGAAAUCACGUAGUCCUGUUGCUCAGGCCUCCAGGAAGCAGUCUCUGAGAUGAUGCUGGAGACCAGGGGCUUCACACUUCAAGGGGAAGGAAGCAAGGGGGGUGGGGGGUCCAGGUGAAGUCUCCACGGUGAAGCAGUCCUCAGCCUUCAACCUCCAGCAAAGGUUGAAGUCUUGCCCUUGGGUGGAAUCACUAGAUACUGCACCCCUGCCAGAGACUGCAGCUCCAACGGCGCGCCGUGAUGGGAGGCUCCCAGAGAACUCCAGUCUCACAAGCAGACAGAAACUCCUCUCCAGAGAGAGCGAGGCAGUAUCUCUGGCAUCAGAAGGCAGGUGCAAGUCUGCUUGCUGUAUCCUCAGGUUCUCCCUGGCUAGGGCUGAGCAGGGCGAGUGAAGGGUCAGGGAGAUGCUAGCCUCCCAUGAACUGGCAGAGGUGGUCUAGCUGCAUUAACCAUAGGCUUCCUCUCAGUCAGAGUCCUGGUACACCCUAGGUCCUACUACUUCUGUCCGGCCUUUGCUCUGAGCUAGUGUUUUCAGACAGAACUUUCUUCUGCGCCUGGCCAGACAUCUUCUGGGUUUUCCUACAGAUUUCCCUCAGAUCGUGGUGAUGUUUUAGUGUCUUCCCAAGUGUGGAUGUCUCUGUUCUCGCCCUCCUGGUGGUACCACUACCCCCACAGCGCCCCCCCCUACCCUGCAGCCUACAUCACCUCCUGCCUUCUCACAUGGUUUCCCUGUACCCCAAGCUCUUUCUGCUCGAUUUGGCUGUGCCCUCAUCUUUCCCGCAGCUCCCUUAAGACCCUGCUGUCCUCUCCUAUCCCAAGAAUUCGCUUGCACCCCCUCUGUCCUAAGGCAUCUGCAAUCCUCCCUGAGUGGGAAAUCCCAGCCUUCCAGCGCUUCGCCCUCCUUGAAGACGGCGCUCACAGCGAUCGUUGCGCCAGACUUCCUGUAGUGAGUGACAACAGCAAACGAUAACUCGUUCAGUGUGAGCGUCACGUCAGGGUGGGUUCAACGCCCCCAAUGUAGAUGUAUAGUCAUUCGUUCACUAGCCCGAGUUAGGUAUUCCCCUCUUGUAAAUGAGCAGAUUGAGGGAAAGAGAAAUCUGUCCAGGUGGCCAAGGUCACACAGCUGGUGUGAAAUUGUAUUUCCCAUCAUUCCAAAAGACCGAGGACUUUGAAGCCCCCACUGCCCACAAAGUCAUUUCUCCUGCCUCAGAACUUCCCCACUAUUCCAGGGUCCCCAGGAAACUCUCUCGAUUCCUGGGCAAUGGAUCCACUGCUGGCCUCCUCCCUGCCGAGAUUUAGCUGCUGCUGGUCCAGUGGAGACGGCUGCCCCAAGAGAACCCUGCCCCACCUAUAGCAACAUUUCCUGUUCCUGGGUGGCUAUUGUGUCCCAAGCAUGAAGCAGGUUGUUCCCUUGAGGUACAGCUAUGACCAGACAGGCCACACACUUUAAGAAAGUCUCCUUAAAGCUCCAAGAAAAAUGCACAGUUCUUGCCACAUGUCCAGUCUCAGCGCCCUGAAGGCUAGGAUCACAUCCAAGUCCAGGAGAAGACAAUCCGUGUGUCUAUUUUCUUUCCUGCCUUCAUGUAUCAGACACCACCUCCCCCCACCAGCAGGAGUACUCCUGGCAUGUUCUGUUUCCAUUCUUAUUGCCCACAGAAGGGAGGAAAAAGAAGUAAUCUCUUCACCUGAGAGUCUCUUUUGCUAUCUCAGAUGACCUUCCACCAUGGCGGUUGAUAGGAAGAUGACCACCUCUUGGAUGGGAAACCUUCCCCCUUCUGACUGACUCACCUUAAAGCAGCAUAGUCAUGCCUGAACAGGCUAGCCCAUGCCAGCCCAUUGCCCCUAUGUCCAGUGGUUGGGGCCUCAGAAGCAGGGCACCACCAGUGCAGGGUGGGCCCAUUUAAUUGACUCUAAUCCAGCUCCUUCUUAUGGGUUUCCACCCCAAGGUGAACAGCCUGUCUGGUGUCUUUGAGUGGCAGUACUUCCCUGUAAACAAUUGCACAUGGCAGAAAAGGCAGGCAACAUCUCAACCACGAGGCUGUGUAAGCUGAAAUACAGUAAAAACCAUU